AUGAACGCCGCCGACGCCGCGGCUCUGUUAUUAUUUCUCGCCUUGACGGUAAAUAUCAUCAACGGCACUAAAGAAUUAUCAUCAGCGGUUAGCGAACAAAUACUAGAAAUUUUGGGGCGCCAAUUGUCCGACAUCAAAAGUAGAGCAGACGGAUAUGGAGCCUCUGUACCGCCGUAUAGGGACGCAAUCACUUUCGAAACACAACACGUGGAUUUAUGCGGACCAAUUUUAUGCAUCAGCGCAAAUCUUACUAAAGGAUCUAUCACUGGUGUGUCUGAAUACGAGAUCAUCAAAUCGGACGUCGAUUCUGAUGGAGAGAGUCUGGUGAUCGAUAUAGAUAUUAAGUUCCCUAAACUGCAAUUGGACUCAGAUUACUAUACUAUGAAAGGGAAUAUUAUGGAUGCCAUACCGUUAGCUGGCGAAGGAAAAUUGCAGUUCCAAAUAACGGAUUUAAGAAUAUGGACUAAAAUUGUACUGCAUUUAUUAGACUACACUGCUAUUGAAAGCAUUGACAACUCUGGUUUCAGUGUUAACAGUAUUUUGAGCCGCACUGAAUUCGAUGGCAACAUAGACGGGGUGUUCAACGCCAUGGUAGAGGAGCUGCUGGCGGAGCAUCUCAACAGGUUCAACAAGGCCAUCGCUGCGCAGUGCGGCCUUAUCAUUAAACAACUCUUCAAUGAUAUGUUUAACAACCUUUAGUUAUCUUGGAGCUACAUAAGAACCAUUAAAUUUCUUGAAUAUUUUAAAAGAAGAAAAUAAAACAUUUACUUGCCGUACUAUGUUUUUGUUUCUAUAACAACACGAAAAAAUUACAGAAGAGAUACCUACCUGCAAUAAAUGCAUC